AUGUAUUUUUCACUACUCACGUUUCUUUUCGUUUUGCAUUUCGUUGCAUUAACUUUUGCACUUCGCUGUUCCGUGUGCCAUCAAAGUCUAGUGUUCAAUUCAUCAGAAACUAUCAAUACAGCACGACCUGAAUGUCGGGUAACGUACAGUGAUAGUCAAAUGUGUAUGUCAGUGCUAUCAAUCGAUUAUGAAAGCAAAACAGCUAACGUUACAUUCAAUCAUCUUCAUGAACAAGAAAUCAUUUUUACCAAUGGACAUAUGAUCAGUACGAAUUCGAUUAAGAUUUGGUUUAGUAAAGAUGUUGUUUUCCAUGACGUGCAAGCAUUCUGUUUCAAUAGUACCAUCUGUGCAGAAGACAUGAACAAGAUUUAUAAACGAAUGAAAAAUUUCAAUGAUGUUGAACUUCGUACAAAACUACAAGAACGUCUGUAUUCUGCCCAAUUAAACUCUCCCGACUUGACAUGUGCUAACAAUCAAGGUCAAACGAUACAGUGUCAAAACGGAUUUUGUCACCUAGUUUGCCGUGGUCCGACUUCUGUCGAUCGUAUUUGUGUUUCUCAAGGUCAAGGUACAAAUCCAUCUGGUAUUGUCAUAAAAACCACAACUAAUCCCGCGCUUUACACUGAAAGAAGCUAUAUAUAUGCUUGCAAUAAACCUAUGUGCAAUGGAGUCGAAAUCGAAGCCAGUGUACAACAAUUGCUAGAACAGUAUGAGCUAAUGCCAUCACCACAAACAAUCGUCACAAUAACUGACAGUCCAGUUACAUCGAAAUCGACAUCAAUCGGAACUGCCAGUCGACCAGUAAUGGCAACCAAUUCUACCUUGCCUGCAAAAUCAUCCACAAGAUCAAAUUCGGGAAGAAGAAAUACUACUACGCUCACAACGACAACAGAGAAAUCGAAAGCAAAUCGAAUGAUGACGUUUCAAUGGAUAGCUUCUCUGUUGAUAAUUGUGAUUUUAUAUCUUUGA